AUGUCCCUCGAAGACGAACCACGGCGCGGAACACGCGAACUCAAGGCGCCCCAGCGCUUCGCACCCCCCUUAAAUGUCGGAGAGCGAGAGCGAGCGCCCCCGGAAACAGCGCAAGCCGCGCGCACCCAAGGCGCCCAGGAAGAAGAAGACGGUCGAGGAAGACCACCUGCCCCGGCACGUCCAGCCCGCCGAGGGCUGACUUCAGACGCGGUCAUCACGCCCGACACGGCGCUGCAACCCCUCGUCGAGGACUGGGUGCACAACUACCAGGGCACGGCCGGCGACGAGGACAAGGAGCGCGCGGCCGUUCACGAGCUGAUCCUCUUCAUUGUGCGGGCGUGCGGGCUCAGUGCCGAUGUGGAUGAGAAUGAGGCUAUGGACCAGGACGGUGUUGUUGAUGCGAUUGAGCGCAUCCAGGAUGAGAGCGUCAAGGCGAACCUCUCGACUGUCGUCGCCCACCUCAUUGCCACCCUCUACCUCACCCCCCACCUCUACGAGGAUGCCGACAGCACAAAACACAGCGUGCCGCUGAUGCCGCUGUUGCUCUCGUGGCUUCACUCCAUGACGUCCUCGCCCCUCCGCCCAAUCCGACACACUGCGACAUUUAUCGCACUCAAGAUCAACUCGGCGCUCUGCGAGGCUGCCGCUUCCGUCUCCAAGGAGCUCAGCAUCAAGCAGCGCCAGCGGGAAGCCGAGGCGAAGAAGGCUGGAUCCAACGCUGCCGCCAAGAAGCGUCUCGAAGACGCCGAGCAAAAGGUCGAGGAGACGCAUGAGCGCAAGACGAAACUCGAAGACAUGUUUGUGCACCGUGUGCGCGACGCCGAUCCGGCGAUCCGCACCGACUGCCUCCGCGAGCUCGGCGUCUGGGUCAAGAAGUUCCCGGAAAAGUAUGUCUCGUCGGGAUACCUCAACUACUUUGUCCGUGGCACCAACGACCCCGACGGCCGCGCGCGCCUCGAGACCGUCAAGGCGCUGCAGGGUCUGUACUCGAACGCGAACUCGGCCGGCAGUGCUGGAUCGUUUACGACGCGUCUGGCGCCACGUCUCGUUCAAAUGGCGACGCUGGAUGUCGAGACGCCGGUCCGCACCAACGCCAUCUCCGUCAUCACCCUUAUCGACAAGGCUGGUGCGCUCGAGGAUGACGAGGACAAUCAGCGAGGCAAGGUUGCGCGGCUCAUCUUUGACCAGGAGGCGCGCAUCCGCAACGCGGCCGCUGGAUUCGUCGAGGGCUUGUGGGAGGAGAAGAAGGAGGAGCUGCAGAAGGAGUGGGAGGCGCUCCGGCCAGCGAAGAAGAAGCGCGCGGGCAACCUGAAGGGCGUCGACAUGGAGCGCCGGCUGGAGUGGAAGGCUCUGGCUAGCCUGCUCGUUGAGACGUCUCAGGCUCUCGACGAACCGGAAGAGGAAGCCGGCUCGUCCAAGCAGGCCGCUACCCUCAUUCCUGGCUCCAGCUUCAACUCGACCACUCGUGCUGCGGCCGCUACGGAGGCGCUGUCCAACCACAUGGAGCUGCUCGACGACUGGAACGCCCUCGUCAACUAUCUGCUUCUUGACCACUCCACGGCGGACCAGGACAUGUGGCUGCUGACGGAGAAGGAGGAGGACUUCCUGCUGGAGAUGCUGAUCGCGUGCAUUAAGGAGGAGGAGGACGACGAGGAUGAGCAAAAGACCAAGGCGCUGCUGCAGGUGCUCCCCAAGCUGUUCACCAAGCACCAGGCUGACGUCAAUCGCAUUGUCGGCGUUCUCGCGAUUCCGGAACACAUGAACCUCGCCGUGUACCUCGAAGCGCAGAAGACGGCCGCGUACCAGACACUGUGGGACGACGUCACGAAGCAGUUCCUGCAGCACACCGACCCUGCCGUCCUUACUGCCGCCAUGCAGGCGAUCAACACGCUGAACGCGAACGAGUCGAUGGCAACCAUCAACGCGCAGAAGCUGGGCGAGCUCGAGGAGGCUCUGUUCACGUCGCUCCGCGACGUCAUCAAUGGCGAGGACGUGCCGUCCAUGUCGAUCGACGAGGACCAGGUCACUGCCAUCGAGGCGAUCCUACUCCGCAUCAGCCUGCUGGCACGCAGCCGCGAUAUCUCCACCGCCAUGGAGGACGAGGAGGGUGGUCAGAGUGCGGGCUGGACGAUUGUGUCUGCAUUUGCUGGGCGCGGAAGUCUUGGUUACAAGGAGGAGGCAAAGCUUGUGGAGCAGGCUCUGCAGAUCGUGUUCCUCCACCUGACGUGGCUUUUCAAGCGGUUCACCGAGUCCGACCUGGACGACCAGGACAAGGUCCGCCUCCUCCGGACACGCCGUAACGAGGCGGUCGAACUGUUCGAGAGCUUUGCGGUCGCUGCGCGCGCCAACCCGGCCGACGCGGUGCGGCGGCAGGCCUUCAUCGCGUUGAUCAACCUCUUUGUCGUGUUCCAGAAGCGCAACGAGACGUUUGCGCCCGCCGCCAAGGUGUGUGCUCUCGAGAUGGCACUGGACAAGCAGAGCCGACUCGGAGGCGCGUUCCAGGCCGCCGUGGAGCGGUAUGCGACCGACAUUCAGGACGACGACAGCGACGAUGGCGACGAGCCGUCGCUUGAAGAGGCGCAGCGCGAGUUCCAGUUCCUGCAACUCGUUUCUGCGUUCGUCGCCGCGGUGCGGUGCGGCGUCCUCGACGUCGAGCAGGCAAAGGAGCCGCUCAUGCACUAUGGACGCUUUGGAUCCACCUACGACACGGUGGUCAAGAAGCUCGUCGACGUGCUUCGUGACGAGGGCAUCUACAACAAUGAGGCUACGACUGUACAGCACGUCAUCAGCGCGGCCCUUCAGAAUGACGACGAGGACGACCCGGACGCGACAAAUGCGCUUGCACGGACAGCGGCGCAGUCGUUUGUCGUGCACGGCACGCACUUUACGAUCCUGCGCCAGAUUCGGUCCGACGAGGUGUCCGACCUGCACGUUGCCAACAUUGACUGGAUUUUCAAAAAGUUUGCCGCGCUGGUGAAACAGCAGUCUCAGGCUAAGGACCAGGAUGGCAAGCGACGCGCGGCGGCGAAGCGCCAUCAACUGAUGUCGUACUUCAAGCCGCUGUCGCACCUUGUGGGACCUAUCAGUGGAAGCGAUGCGCUGAAGAUCCGUGCGCACCUCGAGGAGGCUGUGGAGAAGUGCGGGUCACCCGAUGUCGCCCGAAGCACGGCUGCGUACCGCAACUAUGAGAAGCGCCUCGUUGGUGCUGCCAGCAAGGACACGGCGCUCAAGAUCCGCAAGGAGACGCGCAAGAGCGCUGCCGUCAUCGAGGACAGUGACGAGGGCGACGACAUUACGCCGACAGCGACCCCCGCUCCGCCCGCUGCAUCGACGCCGGCGCCGAUAUCGAACGGAAUCGAGGCGAACGGGGACACGAUGGACGAGGAUGACGUCGCGACGCCGACAAAGUCGAAUGGCAAGCGGGCGCACCCUGACUCGGAGUCGUUACCCGACAUUGACCUGGACAUGAGUGCGCAGAUCGACAUUGAGUUUGACGCCAUGCCGGAAGGAGAGGGCGAGGGUGAGGGAGGCGAGGGUGAGCCUAAUGCGAAGCGCAGGAAGGUUUAG